AUGAGCGUUAAAGAAAUAUCGGAUGAAGUCUUAAAUAAUCCUGAAUUAUAUGGGCUAAGAAGAUCACAUAGGGCAUCUGCUGCCCAUCAUCAAAGUUAUUUUGAUGAAGAUGAUGAAGAUGACGAGGUCGUAACGAACUCUAGAAGAAAACAUAAAAGAAGGAAUAAGAAGUUUACAGAUUCAGAUAAUGAUAACGAGAACCUUGAUGAAGAUGAAGAUGAAGCUGAAGAUGUAGAUGCUUCAUUCGAUCAAGAUUCUGAUGAAGAAUUACAAGAAGAUGAAGAUGAUUUGGAUGAUUACAAUGAUGAUGAGGUUAACUAUAGCCGUAAGAAAUCUACAUCUAAGGCUAAAAGUAAAAUUUCCAAAAAGGGUAAUAAAACUCAAAAAAAGGUAAAAGAAUUAGAUGAAAUUAUUCCAACUAGAUUUUCUUCUCGUACCAAUAAUAAGUCAGUUAAUUAUAAUGUUGAUUACUCAGAUGAUGAUGAUUUUUUGAUGUCAGAUUAUGAGAUGAAUGAAAAUGAUAUUGAUAUGAAUGGUUACGGCUCCAACGAUGAUGGACUUGAAUAUUCAGCUACACCUCAACCAGAAGAAGUUCAUGGGGUCGAUUUAAUCGUUACACACAGACUAAAAGAUGGUGCAGAUGAAAAUAUUCUCAAAGUUAUCCCUGAUUUGGAUAUCUGUAAAAAAUAUUAUGAGUUUUUUACUAAAUGGACUAACCAAUCACAUCUACACAACUCAUGGGAGAGUUAUGAAUCCCUUGGCCAAGUCCGUGGUUUAAAGAGAUUAGAUAAUUAUUGUAAGCAAUUUAUUAUUCAAGAUCAAUCUAUUAGAUUAGAUCCAUCAAUAACAGCUGAAGAUAUCGAAAUUAUGGAUUUGGAACGUGAAAGAAGAUUAGAUGAAUUUGAAGAAUUUAAAAAGCCAGAAAGAAUAAUAGAUAGUGAUCGUAUCACUUUGGAUGACGAUACUACUCAGUUGCAAUAUCUAGUUAAAUGGAGCCGUUUAAAUUAUAAUGAAGCUACAUGGGAAAAUUCUGCAGACAUUGUUCGAAUUGCUCCAGAGCAAGUAAAACACUUUCAAAAUCGAAUAAAUUCUAAGAUCUUACCUCAAUAUUCAACAAAUUUUGGUAAUUCAAGACCAAAAUUCCAAAAAUUAACUGAACAACCAGAUUUCAUUCAUGGCGGUGAAUUAAGAGAUUUUCAAUUGACAGGUAUAAAUUGGAUGGCAUUUUUAUGGUCUAAAAAUGAUAAUGGUAUUUUAGCUGACGAAAUGGGUCUAGGCAAAACUGUUCAGACAGUUGCAUUCAUUAGUUGGCUGAUCUAUUCUAGGAAACAACAGGGCCCUCAUUUAGUAGUUGUGCCGUUAUCAACAAUGCCUGCUUGGCAAGAAACAUUUGAAAAAUGGGCACCUGGCUUAAACUGUAUCUAUUAUAUGGGGAACGAGAAAUCUAGAGAAACUAUCCGUGAUUAUGAAUUUUACACAAACCCUCAAGCAAAAACCAAAAAGCAUUUGAAAUUCAAUGUUUUAUUAACGACCUAUGAAUAUAUUUUAAAAGAUCAACCUGUUUUAGGCAAUAUUAAAUGGCAAUUUUUGGCAGUAGAUGAGGCUCAUAGAUUAAAGAAUGCGGAAUCAUCUCUUUAUGAAGCUUUAAAUAGUUUCAAAGUUGGUAAUAGAUUAUUAAUUACUGGUACUCCACUUCAAAAUAAUAUAAAGGAAUUAGCUGCAUUAGUCAAUUUUUUGAUGCCGGGUAGAUUCACCAUUGAUCAAGAAAUUGAUUUUGAAAAUCAAGAUAAAGAGCAGGAAGAGUAUAUUAGAAAUUUGCACGAAAGAUUACAACCGUUCAUUCUUCGUAGACUGAAAAAAGAUGUUGAAAAAUCUUUACCAUCAAAAACUGAACGUAUAUUACGAGUAGAGCUAUCUGACAUUCAAACUGAUUACUAUAAGAACAUUUUAACGAAGAAUUAUUCUGCUUUAACUGCAGGAUCUAAAGGUGGCCAAUUUUCUCUCUUAAAUAUUAUGAAUGAAUUAAAGAAAGCUUCUAAUCACCCAUACUUAUUUAAUAAUGCCGAAGAAAGAGUCUUACAGAAAUUUGGUGAUGGUAAUAUGUCAAAGGAAAAUAUUUUAAGAGGUUUAAUUAUGUCAUCAGGUAAAAUGGUUCUUUUAGAUAAAUUAUUAACUAGAUUAAAAAAAGAUGGCCACCGUGUUUUAAUAUUUUCUCAAAUGGUAAGAAUGCUUGACAUAUUAGGUGAUUAUUUAUCCAUAAAAGGUAUUAAUUUUCAAAGAUUAGAUGGUACAGUUCCAUCUGCACAAAGGAGAAUAUCUAUCGAUCAUUUCAAUUCACCAGAUUCGAACGAUUUUGUAUUCUUAUUAUCUACACGUGCUGGUGGGUUAGGUAUUAACUUGAUGACUGCUGAUACCGUUGUAAUUUUCGAUUCAGAUUGGAAUCCUCAGGCAGAUCUUCAAGCGAUGGCUAGAGCUCAUCGUAUUGGGCAAAAAAACCACGUUAUGGUGUAUCGACUUGUGUCCAAAGAUACUGUUGAAGAAGAAGUUUUAGAACGUGCACGUAAAAAAAUGAUUUUAGAAUAUGCUAUUAUAUCUCUAGGGGUGACUGACGGUAAUAAAUUACAAAAGAAGAAUGAACCAAAUACUGCAGAAUUAUCUGAAAUUUUAAAAUUCGGUGCUGGUAACAUGUUUGCAGCAAAAGAUAAUCAAAAAAAACUAGAGGAUUUAAAUCUAGAUGAUGUCUUAGAGCAUGCAGAAGACCAUAUUACUACCCCUGAAAUAGGUGAAUCUCAUUUAGGUGGUGAAGAAUUUUUGAAACAAUUUGAAGUUACAGAUUAUAAAGCUGACGUAGAAUGGGAUGAUAUCAUUCCUGAGGAUGAGUUGAAAAAAAUUCAAGAUGAAGAACAAAAGAGGAAAGAUGAAGCUUAUAUUCAAGAACAAUUAGAAAUGAUGAAUAGAAGGAAUACCGCCUUAAAAAAAAUUAAAGCAAGUGUAGCUGGUGAUGGUUCUUCUAAAUAUAUGGGCGAAGAAGAAGAUAAUGACUUACGAGUUUCAAGAAAGAGAGCAAAAGCAAAUGACCUGACCUUAAUUGGUGAAAGAGAGAUUCGUGCACUUUACAAAUCAAUAUUAAAAAAAGGUGAUAUUCGUAAUAUUAUUGGUGAAUUAAUUGCAGAUGGGUCGUUGCCUGUAAAAUCAAUUGAAAGAUACGAAGAACUUUAUGAUGAGCUUUUAGAAGAAGCUAACAAGGUUAUGAAGACGGAAGGAACAAGAAGAGAUGAAGAAAUUUCUAAAUUGGAAGAAGAUGUGGCAGAAUAUAAACAAGCAUUAAAGAUGAAUGAAGUGAGCCCAGAUGAUAAGAAUGCUAGCAAAGUUAUUACGCAAUUGGCAACUAGGAAAAGAGAAAGAAAAGUUAAGGCCAUCCUGUUUGAUUUUUAUGAUGUAAAAUCCUUAAAUGCAGAUUUAGUGGUAAGCAGAUCCGUUAAUUUGAAAUUUCUCAGAGAUUUAAUCCUCAAACAAAAUCACGAUGAUCCAUUACAAUUUAAGAUCAAUGAUAGAAAUCCUAAACCUGUAUCCAAUUGGAAUUGUUCGUGGAGCAAGGAUGAUGACAGCAAAUUGUUAGUUGGUGUCUUCAAAUAUGGGUUUGGCUCAUGGAUUCAAAUUAGAGAUGACCCUUUCUUGGGAUUUACAGAUAAAUUAUUCCUUGGAGAAACACCGGGAUCUGCAGGUAAUGCAAAGAGCUCAUCUUCCAAUAUUGAUAAAUCUACUCCAGACAAAAAGGGGAAAGGCUCCACAUCAAAUAAAAAAGUUCCUAAUUCUAUCCAUUUAGGGAGAAGAGUGGAUUAUUUGAUUUCAUUACUUAUGAAUAAUGACGAGCCUAGCAUAAAUAGUACUCCUACAGUAAAGAAUAGGAAUACUGCUAAAUCCCCACCACUUCCUAAGGGACCUUCAAAGAAGAGAGGUAGAAAGCCCUCAUCUCCUGGAACUCCAAGAUCCGGAUCAACUGAGGCUAUUAAUAACGAGGGUACUCCAACUGCUAAGAAAUUGAAGGCGUUCCCUAAGGGUCCAGCAAUGAAUAGAGGUUUACCAACCGUUCCUGCAUCUAUGCUGAAUAAGAAGAACGUAAACCGUGACCAACACACAUCCAGUAGAGGAUCUGUUACGUCUACCUCUACGACAAAAUCUAUAACACUGUCAAACAAAUCAAAUUUCGAAAAUCUUCUGCCAGAUGCUCCAGAAUAUAAUAGCAUGGAUGAAUCCAAUUGUCGUGACACAAUGAGCCCUAUGCAUGCAUCAUUACAGAAAUUGCGUGGCGGAAGAAAGGGCCUUGAUAGAAAAGAGUGGGCCAAGAUUCUUAAAACAGAAUUGGUUGCGAUUGGGAACUACAUUGAUUCUCAAAUAAAGAAUUCUCAUACAUCUCCUGAAAAAUACCGUAAACAUCUAUGGUCAUAUAGUGCAAGAUUCUGGCCUGUUGAAGUCAAGAGUACCAAACUGAUGGCUAUGUACGACAAAAUUGUUAACGCUUGA